AGAACAUAAUCCAGGCUGUCAACUUAUUCACUAGAGUUGUUAUAUUAAUCAAUUAACAGAAAUUGUAUUGUCUGAAUUGAUUUCUUAUCUUUUUUGUUUCUGACUCAACCAAUCGCAAACAACGAACAGUCAGUGUUCUUGCUCUGUUAGUUACAUAAUCUACAAUAUUAUUAUAUUUAUUUUAUUUACAUCCUGAAAGACAUUUCACUCAUUCCAGUUUUGAUACCCGAAAGACUAAAUAUUUAAGUUAAAUAUUACUAUAUAAACGAGUGCACAUAGUAAAUAUGGCUACACCAAUUAAAGUUGCUGUGACCGGAGCGGCAGGUCAAAUCGCCUACUCCUUACUGUAUCAAAUUGCAUCUGGUGCAGUAUUUGGACCUGAACAGCCAGUCCAUCUACAUCUCUUAGAUAUAGCCCCUAUGAUGGGAGUUCUGAAUGGUGUAGUGAUGGAACUUGCUGAUUGUGCAUUACCACUUCUGGCUGGUGUCUUACCGACUGCCAACCCAGAAGAAGCAUUCAAAGAUGUUGCUGCAGCAUUCCUGGUUGGAUCUAUGCCCAGGAAAGAGGGAAUGGAGAGGAAAGACCUCCUUUCCGCAAAUGUUCGUAUUUUCAAAGAACAAGGACAAGCCCUUGACAAAGUUGCCAGGAAGGAUGUUAAAAUUCUGGUUGUUGGCAACCCAGCAAAUACCAAUGCACUGAUUUGCUCCAAAUAUGCGCCUUCCAUUCCUAAAGAAAACUUCACAGCAAUGACACGUUUGGAUCAUAAUCGUGCACAGGCACAGUUGGCAGCGAAAUUAGGAGUCCAAGUUCGUGAUAUUAAGAAUGUUAUUAUUUGGGGCAACCAUUCCUCAACUCAGUUUCCAGAUGCCUCAAAUGCUCUUGUAUAUACUGGUGGUGUUAAUAAGCCAGUACCGGCAGCCAUUAAUGAUGAUGAAUACUUAAAAACCACUUUUGUGUCUACAGUGCAAAAGCGUGGAGCAGCUGUUAUUGCUGCUAGGAAAAUGUCUUCUGCUCUGUCUGCAGCAAAAGCCGCAUCUGACCAUAUGAGGGAUUGGUUUUUGGGGACCGGUGACCGCUGGGUAAGCAUGGGUGUGGUAUCAGAUGGAUCCUACGGCACUCCCCGAGAUGUUGUAUUCUCAUUCCCCGUGACUGUUACUAAUGGGAAAUGGAAGAUUGUUGAAGGAUUGACCAUUUCUGAUUAUGCUCGGCAGAUGUUAGAUACUACUGGUAAAGAGCUAGCCGAAGAGAAACAAGAUGCUCUAGAUGUCUGCAAGGAUUGACUGUGUAAUCUUUAAGUUCCUGUUUAAUUUUAAUGUAUAUAUCAUAGGCAUAUUGAAAUGGUUUCUGACUGCUGGGAUUGUUUAUGGAAAUGUAAAUUAUUACUAUUUUUGUUACAAACAUAUAUUGGUAUAUGUUAAAAGGUCAUGAUUAUCUCACUCAGUGAUGCUUUUGUUUUUAUGUUUAAUGUUUGUUUAGGGUCUUUGAUAUAUUAUUAUUAUGCACAUGUUUAUUGCUAUGCAGAACAUUUAUUAUGCAUUUAUAGUUAUGUUUAUCAUUCAGAAUUGUUUUAGUUUAUAAUUUUAUCAUUAAAAAUCUAUGACAGAAUUAUUAUUUGAUAGCAUAUCAGCAAAUACUUUAUUAAUAAAAGAAGUGGUUAUCAUGAUAACUU